AGGAGUUUGCAAAGGGUUUUAAACAUCCACGUUUUAUUUGUAAAUGUUAUCUAAACACAGGUCUGAUCGUAAAGUAAUCUUUACGAGGAAGAAACGUCUGGCAAUCAGGUCAUGUUUAGCUUCCUAGAAUAUCAUCAAGAUCUAAACUAACUAGUUUGCCCAGACGUGUGUGCAACCCGUUCUGUCAUUUGUUUGUGUGAGUAUGUGUUUGAAGAGCUUGGAGCAAGGGAGUGUGCCUAGUGUGUCAAAGAACGAGGAAGAAGCGUCAGUAAGUUCAGUGUUUUUUUUCAUCAAGAAAAAAACAAAAGAAAAUGUUUUAGAAGUUUAUGAUGCAUUGACAGCCAAACAGAGGACCAGAGAGCUACAGCCCUAAAAUCAUCUUGAUUUUCAUUGAAUAAACCCACAUGGAGGGAGAAAAUGAUGGUCCUUUCAUCAGGCUAUUUCUCCGGGAGGUUUCUGUCAUCGGCUGCAGUUCUGAGGUUUCCCUUCUCAGCUGCAAUUAAAUACAGCAUCCUCAGCUUGUCAGUCGCUCUUCUUCUGGUGGCAUUAGGUAUCUUGGCCUGGCAGGCCUUUAGAUGCUUCAGACGCCCAGCUGCCAUACUCCCUCUGCCUGAAGCAGUGAAUGGUGAUUUGCUGUACACAGAUGAUGUAUCUGAAAUAAAAGAACAGUACAAAGGAAUUCCAACCAUCAAGGUCGAGGAUGUUGAUGCGGACAUCUUGGAAUCCACACAGGAAGCAGGCGAGGACAAAAAGUUUGACGGAUGGCUCCACUAUUCUGUAUAUUACGAUGAGCAGCAGCACCAUCUUGUGGUUACUGUUUUGGAGGUGGAGGGGCUUCAGCAAGGAAGACAAACCAGCAGCCUCCAACUGUUUGUCCAACUGAAGCUCCUUUGGAUCGGACCAGAGACGGAGGGGCCUUAUAUUGAUGAAGGGGGUGAAGGGACACCACUUGCCCUGUCCACAGUUCUGCAGGAAUGGCGGACCCGCAUUGUAAAAGGCACCUGUAACCCAUUGUUUGGAGACCAGUUCAGCUGUAUUCUGCAUGAUGAAAAGGAGCUGGAGCACAUCGAUCUCAGGAUGGAGGUGAGAGACUUUGAUAAAUUCUCCAGACACGCAGCAUUGGGAGAGGUGAGGACCCCUCUAGGACAACUCAAUAUCUCUUACCCUCUGGAGCUAAAAGGGAAGCUCAACACUCCCCGCAAGGAUCUUGUAGGAAAUGUGCUUCUGUCACUGAAGUUUCUUCCAACUUCUCAGAGAAUUGAGGUUGGAGUGUUAAAGGUUCGAACAGUCCAUACGGAGCUACACUUGGAUGCAGCCCUCUAUGUCAGGAUCAGUGUGCAGUGCAACCGGUGCAAGUUGAAGUACCAGAAAACCUCUGCAGUGCUGCGUGGCACAAUGACUGUCUUCAAUGAAGUUCUUGUUUUCUCCUUGCCAGAACUUCCUCUGCAAGAGUGUAAAAUUUUGGUCAACGUUUUUGAGACUCACUCAAGUAGGAAAUCAUCCAAGCACCUCAUUGGACAGUUAACUGUGAAUAAGGACAAGAAUUACGAAAAUGAACACUUGGGUCUUAUACUCCGCUCAGUCCGCCAGCCAAUAGCAAGAUGGCAUGCUCUACUUAUCUGAGUUAUGUCUCAACAACUUCUUCUGCACUUCCUGGAUGUGUGCAUUGCUUUUUAAAUUAAGUGGAUAGUGCUAUUCACUAACAAAACACUUUGAACACAUUUUCCUACUGCUUACAAAUUUCCAGCUUUUCCAACUUUAUUAACAUCUCCUCAAAAAAAUAAUAUAAAUACAGAUACAUUAAAUUUAUUCCUCCACAACAUGA